AUUAGCCACGUAGGAGAAGCUAUGGUUUGUGUAAAGUGCGGGCUUUAACGCACGUACGCACGGAGACUGCGCAGAUCUCCUCGUCUGAGUUCGGCGGAACUCAUUUUGAGCGUAGGCGUUUUAGCCGGUAGGGUUUAAGAACAGUUUCAUUUCCGGAACCACCGGAAGCAGCUUGAAAAUGGCGUCUCCAUCGCUGGUGCGGCCAGAAAAAGGGGUUGGAAAAAGUGAAUUUCGUAACCAGAAGCCGAAGCCGGAGAACCAAGAUGAAUCAGAACUCCUUACGGUUCCUGAUGGUUGGAAGGAACCAGCCUUUUCCAAAGAGGACAAUCCCAGAGGACUUUUGGAGGAGAGCAGUUUUGCAACUUUGUUCCCAAAAUACAGAGAAGCUUACUUGAAAGAGUGUUGGCCAUUGGUGCAGAAAGCCUUAAAUGAACAUCAUGUUAAUGCAACCCUGGACCUGAUCGAAGGCAGCAUGACUGUUUGUACUACAAAGAAGACUUUUGAUCCAUAUAUCAUCAUUAGGGCCAGAGAUCUGAUAAAACUGUUAGCAAGGAGUGUUUCAUUUGAACAGGCAGUACGAAUUCUUCAGGAUGAUGUUGCAUGUGACAUCAUUAAAAUAGGUUCUUUAGUAAGGAAUAAAGAGAGAUUUGUAAAACGAAGACAACGGCUUAUUGGUCCCAAAGGAUCUACAUUGAAGGCAUUGGAACUCUUAACUAAUUGUUACAUUAUGGUUCAGGGAAACACAGUUUCAGCCAUUGGACCUUUUAGUGGCUUAAAAGAGGUUAGAAAAGUAGUCCUAGAUACUAUGAAGAAUAUUCAUCCAAUUUAUAACAUUAAAAGCUUAAUGAUUAAGAGAGAGUUGGCAAAAGAUUCUGAAUUACGAUCACAAAGUUGGGAGAGAUUUUUGCCACAGUUCAAACAUAAAAAUGUGAAUAAACGCAAGGAACCAAAGAAAAAAACUGUUAAGAAGGAAUAUACGCCAUUCCCACCACCACAACCAGAAAGUCAGAUUGAUAAAGAAUUGGCUAGUGGUGAAUACUUUUUGAAGGCAAAUCAGAAGAAGCGGCAGAAAAUGGAAGCAAUAAAGGCUAAACAAGCAGAAGCCAUCAGUAAGAGACAAGAGGAAAGAAACAAAGCAUUUAUUCCACCUAAAGAAAAACCAAUUGUGAAACCUAAGGAAGCUUCUACUGAAACUAAAAUUGAUGUGGCCAGCAUCAAGGAAAAGGUUAAGAAAGCAAAGAAUAAGAAACUGGGAGCUCUUACAGCUGAAGAAAUUGCGCUUAAGAUGGAGGCAGAUGAAAAGAAAAAGAAGAAAAAAAAGUAACAUACCCAAAACUCCUUGACUAGAACUAUCUCCUUUUGUAAAGGAUUUCGAGAUACCAGGCAUUAGUUGCCUUAUUUGUGAGAAAUUUUCUGAGGGGUUUUUUGUUUUUUUUUUUUUGGUGGUGGUGGUGGUUCAUAGAAGAGUGUUAUUUAUAAAUUAUUAUUGUAUUUUUUGAAAAAUUUAUACUAGAAAGUGGUACAUAUGUCUGUAUACGCUACGACCAUUGUGAUUAUCCAUUAAAUCCAGUGUCUGAUGCUAUUGGUUAGUCUUCAAAUAUAAUGAUGUCCCAGCAUUUGAUGCUCCCUCUCUAAUGAUAACAAGUAAAUAUUUAGGUUUAUCGCUUUUGAAAAAGCAGUCCAUGAACAGAAAAUUAAGGCCUCUAAAAUCAGAUCCCCUAGUUACUCCUCUGUUCUGAAUCUGGGGAAGUGGUAAACCAAAAAGACAGAGAAAACCAGAUAUUUAGAGUCAAAGCAGCAUGCAAAAGAUAAUAAUGUUUUUAACUAAUGAAGGCUACUGGAGCUAAGAAUCACCUAAAAAAGUGCUACUGUACCUUGCUCAUUUUGCAGAUUUGGAAGCUGAAACAUGGGUUACAGUCCACCUGUGGCAACCUGCAAACAAUGCUUAUUUAUAGUAAAGAUGAGUUUAUCUGAUAGAGUUAGGAAGUUUCUUCUUCUGAGUAAGAGUAUUGCUGUAACAUUAAUUUUUUUCUGAAAUGUUUUAAAAUAGAAAUACACCUAAUUGUUAUUGGUUAAAAAAAAGCCAUAUGUGAAUAAGGUUGGUUUUUGGGUUUUUUCUUUCCUGGAUUGUAUUAGUCCAAAAGAACUAAAUUAGGGUACUUGUGCUGUACCAAAAUGGUAAUUAUAACAGACAGUAUUAGAAUUACUGAAUUAACAAUGAGAAAGAGAGAAGUGUAUCUGUUACGUGGAUAUAUGGGCCAGCCUGGAUACACAACAGAGUAGUAACCUGUGAAACAAACAUAGAAUAUCCUCUUAGACAUUGUUCCUCGUAAUGCAUUGACAGAAUUCACAUAGCUCUUAAUGAAACAAUUUAAGAUUGAUGUACGUACGUUUGACUUGGUCUCGCUGUCGGUUAACUGUAAAGUUAAGGAGAAGAAAGAAAAAAAAAUUAAAAGGGUAGGCACAGGUGAGGGUUUUAUUUCAAAAAGUUAAGUCUUUAAUUAUAACCAUUAACUUGCUUUGGCUUUAUUGCAGUGACUUUCCAAGUUUAAUUAUUCAAAAUUUUUUGAACUGACUGAAUUAAUUUAGUAUUUUUAAGUUGACUUUUUAUAUAAACUUCAUAAACCUUUUAUAAAAAGGAAACUAUACCAUUACUAUAAAUGGAAAAUCAUUUUAUCAUCAUAACUAGCAGGUAAUAAAAUUUAAAAAAUAAAAAAUAUUAGAAUGUGACAAAUUUAUUAAAAUAUAUUUCUAAAAAUAAGUUUCUUCCUGAGAAGAAUGAUAACUGUUUGUGAUGAGUCCCUAGUGAAAAGACAGUGACCUCUCUUUCAUCCAGUCUCGUAUGUCACUAAAUCAUCAUUACGAUAUUUGACUAUCAAGUCGUUAAUUACUCGCCUCCUUUCACUGAGCUUUAUUCAAAUUUUGACAUUCAGAGCACUGGGAAGAAAUAAAUUCCACAACUGCCUUUAGCCUUCUGGAUACUUUCUUUUAUGAAAUAAUAGAAACCUUUUCCACACCAGUUCUGCAGCAGUCGCUAUUAGAUGUUUGUGGUAGAACCCAUCAAUCAUCUGGUCCUCUGGGCACUUGUGAGCAUCCCUGGUCUUCAUACCUGUGAGUGGGCUUUGUCUGUGGUGAAUUACUGUAAAGAUGCUACCCUCACUUUUCUUGGCAGUUAUAUCCAUGAAAUCAAGAGUGAUGUUCUAGUUAUUUUUUCUUAUAUAUAUUUUUAAAUGUUCAAUAUUCAACUAUUGAAACAAAUGUACAUCUGUGAACUAGCUAAAAUCAUCUCAUGUACCACUAGUAUGCCCAGCACAUUUUGUAAAACAGUCCUGAUUUGGCCUCCAAGGGUAUUUAUUGAACUACCAGCAGUAUCUAGGAGACCACGAAGGAGUUUAUGCUCCAGUGCUUGCCAUAAUUUGUCUGAGAUGGAAUCUGUUAAAUAAAAGCUUUUAUCCUCUAACCUUUACCUUCAUCAGACCUUAUAAAAGGUCAAAUGGUGAUUCUUAAGUUUUUUAGUCACAAAUCUUACUUACUCAGUAUUAGUGCGAAGAGUAGAAUACUUUCAAGUAAGCCUAAACUUACACAUGAAAACAAAUAACAUAAAUCUAGCUUUGAGAAUAGGAAAUUAGUGACAAGAUCAGUCUGCAAGAUGUCAAGCACUUACCUGAAGUAAAUGGGUAAUGAGUUUCACAUCUUAUAAAAACAAGUUAGUUAGCGUGUGUUUUCUCAAGAGUCCAAGGGUUUUAAUUAUUGGACUACAGCUUUAAUCUUCUAAAUGUUAUUCCCCAAGAUUGAAGAUCAUCUCAAGUUAGAUCACCACAGAUCAAAAGCUAAAACCAGAAGUAUUUUUGUCAUUGUGGUGGUGGUAGUGUUACUAAUUGCCUAGAUUUUUAAAGGGAAACAUUUUUUUCAUUGGAUUGUUUCUCUGAAAAAAAUAGAAGCAGAAACUUGACCAAAGUCACGGUGGUCGAACUGGAAAUUGCACCGAAACUUGACAUACUGUUUCUAAAAUCCAUAGUUUUAGCCUUUAUGUAUACUGGUUAAUUUGGAAGGAACAAAUAUAUAUGUUUUGAAGUGCUACAGCAAUGUGAAAGGAAGAAUUUAGUGAAUAUGUUGAUAAACUUGAUAUUAGCUGCAUUGUGGCUACAUGUUACUUCACAAGAGUGAUAUGAGUGAAAUAAUAAAGAAUGAUUGGAUUGGGAGAAAAAUGGCUCAGAAAACUUUGCAAAAGUACUAUUAUAUGUAAAGAUAAAUAUUCAACGUUAAAUGGGAAGGAGGAGAACAAACAGUUUAAUAGAUAGAAUUUUAUAAUUUUAGGCCUGGAAGGGACUUUAGAAAACAAGUGAGCAAUGGAACACUUUUUUCCAAACUAAAUUUCAUGCAGUGAAACUUGGCCCACUCUGUCCUUCCCCUAUUCUAAGCACCCUACUCUAGCCCGGCUGCUCUGAGUUCAGUUUGUUACAAAUAUGGACACAAAAGUACCACAGGAUUUGCACAGCUUAAUUGAAGUUUCCUCUUCACACCAUGGUAAAAAUAAAAACAUACUGGAAUGGAAGGGCUUGUGUCUAGAACAAGAACCAGAAAUAAACUCUUGGCCAAUUACUAAUAUUUCAAAAUCACAAAGCAGAAUUUUGCUUGGAUGUUUGUUUCAUAAAACAUCUUUGGAAAUUUACCUGCUUGCAGCUUCUACAUUUCUUCAUUAAAUGCUGUCUGGCUAAUAAAAAGUGCCAUGUUGCAGCUUUAUUUUCAUUUUUUGGUGAUUGAUAGACCCUCACUGUGUCACCCAGGCUGGAGUGCAGUGGCACAAUCUCUGCUCACUGCGACCUCCACCUCCCGGGCCCAAGUGAUUCUCCUGCCUCAGCCUCCUGAGUAGCUGGGAUUAUGGGCGCCCACCACCACACCCAGCUAGUUUUUGUAUUUUUAGUAGAGGGGGGUUUUACCAUGUUGGCCAGGCUGGGCAUGGUGGCAUGGUAAUCCCAGCUACUUGGGAGGCUGAGGCAGGAGGAUCACCUGAAUCCGUGAGAUGGAGGUUGCGGUGAGCCAAGAUUGCACCAUUGCACUCUAGCCUGGGCAACAGAGUGAGACUCCGUCUCAAAAAAAAAAAAAAAAAAAAGCAGAAUUGUUUGGAUGACUUGUUAUACUUAUUUUUGAUCUUACUGAAAUAAGCAAAUCUUAGGAGUCUUAGUCUACAGUUUCUGACGGUUUUUUGUUGUUGUUGUUUGACCAAUUAGAACUAAAUAAAAAGAAUGUGAUUUUCACAUUUAAAUUUAUCUUAAAUGUAUUCCUAGAACAGAAAGCCAUUGGUUUAAUUGCUACUUGAUGCCACUUUCCUUGAAGAUAGCCGUUAGGAUAAAACAUGGUUUCAUUGUUAAUUCUGUAGAAAGUUAUAUGUUACUGUUAAACGAUUCUAUUGGUAGAUCGUUCCUUUACUCACCACAGAGAUUGUCCAAACACUUGUCAUUAUUGGGGCAGGCACUGCAGGUGGCUCCUCUCUUAUAUGGCCAAGUUGGGUAAUUGCCUCUGUAAAGUAGAAGAAGGAUGUCCAUUAGGAGUUUUUUGGUUUUUUAAAAUUGCAAUUUACUAUGAAUCCUUAACUAAAUCCAGAAGAAUAGUGAAGUACAAAGGUUCAGAGAGUUGGUAAUAGAAGUGAAGACAGGACGGCAGAAAUGGAAGGCUGCUAAUAUUUGCAGAGUUCAUUCUAUGUACCUAUGUCUAUGAACCUGUUUUAAUCUGCAUCCCAUUUAAUUGUGACAGCUCUGAGAGGAAGUUAUUCUUGUUUUACAGUUGAGACAAAAGAUGUAAGAGAUGCCUUUAAUCACAAUUUAUACAUUUCAGAGUCAGAGGAAACCUGGAUUUGACUCCAGGGCUGUGCUCCCUCUCUUUACCUACCCUCUGGCCUAUAUGAUUACUGCCAUUCAAAAAAACUGUCCAUCUUAGAAAAGCUAUGGUGACCCACAUUCAAUCUUCUCAGUUGGUCAGCCCUCUGUAAUUUUCACUGGAUAGGAGCCAUUUGGCUGGUGCCUUCCAAAAAAAUAAUAAAUAAUGGCAUGGAGGAAUUUCUAAAGUACAAAUUGUUUUCACAUACAAGAUGUGAUAUGAAUAAUAGCUACUAAUUAGUGAGCACUCCCCAUGUGCUUGUUUUUGUUCUAAACAACCUUGAAUGAAAUAAUCUUCCCAAAAACCCUAUGAGGAAGUUACAGUUGUCUAUUUAUCCCCAUUAUAAAGCUAGAGGCUGAGUCACAGAGUAUAAGUAAUUGACCAAGGUCACAGACUAGAAAGGGAAAUAAUAUCCAAGCAUUUUAUAUCCCCAUAAAUAUCCUCAUAGUAGUAAUGGGGAGAGGCUGCCCAUUUCUCUCAGUGACCUGCCAUCGCACUAAUUUUUUUUUGGAACUCUGCUUUUGGAAAAAGUUCUAAACUUUUUUAUGUAAUUGUACCCUUUGGCAGUCUGGUGAGGCCUAUGGGCUCUUAACAUAGUUUGUUGUUAAAUGCAUAAAAUACAUAGGAUUAUAAAGGAAACCAAUUAAAUUGAAAUGGUUAUCAAAAUGUUUAAAACAAGAUUUGUGAUAAAGUAAUAUGUGCUUCUCUAUUUAAAGAUCUACUAGGGGGCUAUUAGUUUCAAAGUAGUGAUGAACAUAAACUAUAUUUUGAGAUCUCUACAGCAACUGGAAUGUGGUAUGAAAAUAUCUGAUAUUUACAAAGAUGAUACUGCUAAGUCAAAGUCACGUUUAUUGCUAAUAUGAUGGUGGAGUGUUGUCUUCAUUCAUAAUGAAAGGAAAUGUUAUUUUUAAUAGAGGUUAGUGAAAAUAAAAAUAAAGCUUUUUUUCUAAUCAAA